AUGAGAUAUUAUAAUAAAACCUCUGAGAAAAUAAUUUUGGACAAAAAUAAUGCAAUCAACUAUCGAGAUAAAACAAUCGAUCCAAACGACUUAAUAAGACAUUAUUAUGAUAUUUUAUGGUUUUUUGAGCAGUUUGAUUCGGAAUUUUCAAUAGAAAGCGAUAUUUUGGCUGUUCUUAAAGGUUUAAUAUUUCUUCAUGAAUGGAUGGAAAAACAAGAUGAUGAGUCACAAUCAAAAGCUGUUUGUUCAUUGCUACUAGCAUAUCAUAUAGAUCCACUACUCACUCAAGUCUCAGAUAAAAAAAGGAGGAACUGUUCUUAG